AGUGCACCCGUGACUUUCACUUCAUUUUUAAACAAAUAAUAUAUCUAAAUAAAAAAAUAACAAUUUCAAUAUUGUCUUUUUGCAUAUUCGACCGCGAGCUUAUCUUUUACUAAACACAUCGAUGAUAAUAGUUAAUUAGUGAUUGGGUGGAAAACUGCAUCAUUGGAAUUGAAAUAGUGUCAAUGAUUAUGGUUCUUGUCAUGCAGAGAAUGAAGAUAUGGCCAACAUAAAAGUUGCUGUGAGAGUGAGGCCGAUCUCAGAACGGGAGUUGAAUUUCACUGGGUCAAAGUUAGUCGUCAAGGCACAGUCCAACGAAAUAGCAUUGACGAAUUUGAAAGUCUCAUCUUGGAAAACCGGUGACAGCCGGGAACGAACGAAAACAUAUGGCUUCGAUUAUUGUUUUGAUUCAUCCAAUCCGGAUUCAGAAAAUUAUGCAACGCAGGCCAAAAUCUAUGAAACUCUCGGAGAAUCAGUCCUCAAUUCAUUGUUUUCUGGAUACAAUGCUUGUCUGGUGGCUUAUGGCCAAAGCGCAUCGGGAAAAACGUAUACAAUGAUGGGGACAAAGGAUGAUCCAGGAUUGACUCCACGACUCUGUGAAGGACUUUUCACUCGAAUCGCCCAAGAGAAAAAUAAUGGCAAGCCUUAUCAAGCUUCUGUCAGUUAUCUGGAGAUUUACAACGAAAGGGUGAGAGAUCUUCUGAAGCCAACCUCGAGUGCCAGCGGACUCAGGGUUCGCGAACACCCUCGACUGGGUCCGUAUGUUCAAGACUUUAUGUUUGAAAACAAGUGUCAGAAAACAGCCCGGACCCUUUCUUUUCUGCCGAGAACGCUUCAGGUGCCACCCAAGGAUUCAGAACCCCGGGUCGAAGAAAGGCACGAAUGGUCGACAAUAAAAAAGGGUCCUCCCUGCUUUCUGGCACUUGAAGGGGCAAAUAUCAACAAAAGUUUGGUGGCUUUGGGAAACGUGAUAUCAGCCCUUGCAGAGAGAGGGUCCAGUGGAAACUUUCCUGGCAGGAGAUUCAUACCUUACAGGGAUUCAGCUCUCACCUGGCUUUUAAAAGAUGCACUUGGUGGAAAUGCAGCCACGAUUAUGCUUGCCACUAUAUCGCCAGCCAGUGGAAGUUACAACGAAACAGCGCAUACACUACGUUUUGCCCAAAGGGCGCAGAGCGUGGUUAACAGACCAGUGGUCAACGAGGAUCCCAUAGCGAGGAUAAUCCGUGAAUUAAGGGCGGAGGUCACUAGACUCAGAAAUUUAUUGCACGAAAAAGACCUUGAGGGAGGAAUAAAGCCUCUCUGCAGUUGUCGGCAAAACUCGGACCAAGAGACCGAAGGACAAGAUCAAAAGGUUCUCCAAGUGGUGCCUUUUUGUCAGAAGUCAUCAUCCCCUGAAUUCAGAGAGCCGCAGGAAUUCAUCACUUUACCUCUACGGAAGUACAACUCCAACGAAAGUUUGGUGACUCGAGACCAGAAACCAUCAAAUAUCAUCAGGAGAUUCGGCUCCUUUGAGUCAAUCAGUCCACGCGAAUCCUUUGCUAGUGAAGCGCGAUCUAAUCGCUACAGGGUGUCUGAACUGUCCUAUUACGAAGGCAACGAGCCGGCGUUCGUCGAUAUUCCUACAUUAGUGGCCGUUUUGAUUAAACCCGACGAUACUUCUCAGGAGCACUCAACACAAAUUGAGGAGAUCUGCAGUGACGGACUUCUGGAAGAGUCAAUCGAUCCGGAAUUUCCUGAGGACUCUAAUGGCAAUUUGAUUCAGAAGGACACUCCACCUCUCAAAGAGGAUACUUCCACUCAAGUCAAGGACAAUAAUACUCAGAGUGUAGAAGUAGUUCUUGUUAGCAAAGGUAAUAUCAAAAUCGAUAGAAAUAGCUGUAGGGAUCCGAAGCGAGUUCGAGAAAACUGUGCCGGCACUGACGAAAAGCCCAAGGAAAGGGUGAAGUUGAGAAAGCAAGAUUCCGUUGACACACCUUCGAAAAAGUCCAGUAAUCUUCAAACCUCCCGAACCUUUGGUUCUGUCGAGGGGAUUUCGAAGAAACGUGAAGUUCCUGGUUUGGGGCAAAGGUCUCACACCAACUUGGAGAAGCGCUCGGGACCUGAGAAGUUAAAAAAGUUGAACAACAUCAAGGAGGUUGAGGAUCGUAGGACCAGUAGCCGGAUUGGAAGCGUUUGGCGAGGUUUGGGUGCCUCUGGUGGUAAAUAUGUCCAACGAAAGGGGAGCAACGACUCGGAGAAAAGCCUAAGGGAUUCUGCCUCUCAACAUAAGACUAGAAAUCCAUCAAGGAAACUCAGCAUCGACGACCUCAAACGAAAGACCAGUAAAGACAGCAGCUCCAGUAGUUCUAAGGAUGAGCAGAUACUAAUAACUGGAUUAGCAAAGGACAACUAUCAGAGGAAGGGUUCUCUGCAAGAGAGAGGUUCUGAUCAGGAGAGUUCUGGGAGGUCCCAUACACCCAUCCAGAGAGUUUGCAGGGCAGAAAUCGUGGCUGCUGUUACAGAGAGGCUAUACUCUAGUGGCAAAAAGUCCGAGGAAGGAACUGGGGCAACGACUCCAGCAUCAGACUAUCGUUCUCCGGAGAGUACGGACGUGACGUUGGCCGCUCUAACUAGAAUGCGACUACAAGAGAUUUCUAGAAGGAUGCUGGCAAAGCGGAGGAAAGUUUCUGUGGAUACACAGACUACCAAUUCGCAGACAAUCAGGGUCAGGGACACUGCUUCUCUGACUGAGGAACCUAAAAUUGAAGUAAGAGACGCUGCGGUGUUGACGGAGCAGCAUGAGGCCUGUGAGCGCUUAUCGGAAAGUAUGAUUCCUGUCCGAAGGGUCAAAGAGAUCGCGACUUUGACUGAAAGGCGCAAACCUUCAACAGUUAGGUACAAGAAUGCUGGGAACAUAACAGAUGAUUGUGACGAGGAUUUUGAUAUCCACUCUCUUAGGAAUGACUCCGGUAUUCUGUCAGAUGACACUCAGAACUAUACUGAUAGCAAUAUUUCUAGUGCGGAGAUGUUGGACUUUGGUGAACAGGAGAGGCGGAGCGUGGAGAGUUCCACGAAUACCGAUAGAUUUUCAAAAGGUGUUGACUGUGGUGCUCAAACUAGGAAGGAUGAUUUGCUUAAGCACAAGUGUUCUCAUUGUGAGUUGAAAUGUUGCAGUCGAAUGCAGGAUUGUUGCUAUAGGACUCAAGAUUUUUGUAGUCAGAGUCACAAUUCGAGUUAUAAUAAUAGUCACAAUCAUAGGCAAUGUCAGAGCUCUUCCGAAAAGAGUGUCAUCUCCAUCAAUCUGCCGGACAUGAUCAGAAUCAGGAUUGAAUCGCCGAAUAUUUUAGAGUCUAGAAUCUCUGUCGUGGAUGAGGAUUUAAGGACGAGAUUUCGGGAUCGCGAAGUGCAGACGGAUAAGUGGACUACAUUGGAAAAAAGCACCUCGACUGAUGAUAUUAACCAUCGAAUCUAUUUCAACGACUUCAUUGGUAACACGAAAACGAAUGCAAGUCAAACAGAUGGAAGAACUUUCAGGAUAGAGAAUAUAUUCCAGGAGCCGAAAGAUACGAGAUGUCCAAUAGAAAUUAUGGCUGAUUUGGGAGAAGAACCUUCUUCAAGGACAUCACUUGUCUUUACGAAAUCGGUUGGAACAUCCAUGCAUACACCACUGGACUUCCAAUCACCACUGAAGGCUCUCCGAAGGCGACUCUCCCUUAUCAGGCGAAGUAAAAGCUUCAAUCCAAAUCGUAGAGUUCCUUCAGCUCACCAAAUCAUGUACCCUUCCUCAGAGUUGAUACAGAGUUUGAAUCCAGUUCAAGAACAUAUGAUAGAGCGGACUAGAAUGGGCCAGCUGAUUCCCACGUCUUAUAGAAAAAGCCUAAGCUCGCCUGAAAAUCGGUUUUUGACCUUGAGAACACACUUUGACCAAUAUUUGACGACCUCAAGAGGAGAUGCUAAUUUCUUUGAUGGCACGAGAUCACAAACCUCAAGGAUGGAUGAUGAAAAAGAGUGUCAGAAUAUGGAAGCAAAAAAGACCUUGGACCCUUAUUUUUCAGAUGAUAGCUUGGAUCUAAUGGAGGAUAGGAUAAGUGAUGCGUCUGAAAGUAUAAAAGAGGUUAAGGUUGACGAGACACCUACACAGAAGGAGAAUAUUUGCCCACCUGAUGUGGUUGCACAUACUAAGAAGGAGAGUUUAAAGGGUCAAAAAUCAAACGGAGAAAGUUUUGUGGAAUUCUCUUCGCAGGAAAACCUGGAGCCAAUUGAUUCCGAAAACGAAAGCAAUACGAAAAAGAAGAAGGUGUCUUUUUCAGCCCCUAGUAUUGUCGAAGUGGAAGGUCAAAGUUCUGGUGACUCAAAUCAAACUGGAGUUGUGCCGAAAUCUAUUAUCAAGAAGAUGCGUGAUAUUAAUCCUCAUAAUUUAGAAGAGGAAAAAGAAGAAUCUAACUCGGAAGAAAAUCUUGAGGAUCUAAGACAGUCUCUUGAGAAUUUGAGAAUGGAUGACUCUAGUCAUUCAGAACAUUUUGAGUCAGAAGAUCAGGAUUCUACUAGUGGUGAGCGAAACGUUCUUGAGAACUAUUUAGACGAGGCUGUAACCUUCAUCCGGAAUGUGAACUCCAUGAAUGAUUACGCCAGUGCUGCAAAUUUCUUGGAGAAGUACCUACACUCCACACGACCUUCCCGAAAACUCCCUAAUAGGAAUAGGGAGUAUGUGGAAUACGAAGGACAUAGAGUGAGUUUGAAAGACGAUACUGAUCAGUAUUUGAAUGAUGAAGAGUUCGAAGUACCUAAUAAGGCCUACCAAAAGUGUCUUCAAGGAAUCGAGAAGCUUGAACAAUGUAUUGGGAAAGUCAAGGAUCAUGAAACUUGCCUGAAGCAAAAAUAUGGUAUUGGAGUUGAACCUGCUGGUGCUAAAUCUAGUUUAGCAAUUUCCAAUCAGGACCCGAUGGGUGGAAUUGAUCAUCGUUAUGAUAAUGAUGUUGACAGUGAUAAUAACAUUGUAGGUUCCGAUCUUGAAUGGAACAUUGGUUCCAAUAGUAAUGCGAAUUUGGGUACUAGUUUUGGUAACUACCUUGAAAGUGCUGAUAACAAUUUUGAUAGCUCUCUUGAUACCAGAAUCUAUGAUCGUCUGAAUCAAAAAUCCAGAAGAUAUUUAAAGGUUCCUAAGAGCUCCUCCUCAUAUUCAAAGGACUUUUUUGAAGAUCCUGACAUUGCCGAAGCUCAAAAACAAACUGGAUUUUCACAUACGGAUCGUAUUAAAGCACCUAAUUGCUUUCUUUCGGUUCCAAGUAGGGACAAUUUAUUUUCGAAAAGGUGGAAGAAUCCUGCUUCAUUCAGACAAAGUUCUCUGCCUCGUUUGACAUCUUCUUCUAAUGAUAGCUUCAGUUCUAGUGAAACUAUUGCUGCAAGCUCAGAAUCUGUUGAUAGUAUUUCAAAUCUUAGAGAUAAACUAAGGUAUCCAGGUAGCCCUAGAGCGAGAUUCUUGCAAUUGCUGAAUGAAAGACGUAGGAUUGUCGAAAGUAGCAGAAAAUUCAGCAAAUUUUGAAUUAGAAAUCUUGCUUGUUGAGUCUCGAGACUGAAGAUGCGUAUUUUUGUAAUUUUAUCAAUAAUUCUGCAUCAAGAGAGAGAUCGAGUUUGAAGGUCUUCCUGUAGUUUUAGGGUUUAGUAGGUGACAAUUUAGAAAUAAAUCGUAAAGUCGGAACCCCUCUAAAUAUAAGUUCUCUGAAUAUAAGGAAGAAAAAAAUAAUAUUAAACUAAAGAGAUCCAUAAAUUUUCGUCGAAUGGGAAUUGAUGGAUUCCACGCCGGUUUAACACAAACCAGAUUUUUAUAUUUUCAAUUUUUUUCCAAACUUUGGCAAUUUAUUUAUCUAGUGGAAAAAUAUAGAUUUCCAAGGAUUAUACGUCAAUUUUUUGUAAGUUAUUUUCUUAUUUGUUAUUUUUGACACUUUUUAGUUUCUAAAAUACGAACUGCACUAGUUUAAAGAAAAUCUUGAUUUCUAAUAAAUGCUUGCGCUGAUUUUCUCUAUACUUCGUUAUUUUAUACUUCAAAAUGUACUUGUGGAGAAAAAAAAAUUAAAACUAUGUGCUGCAUACAAUUUGUUUAAAAACAUUUUCUUUUUAAUACAAAAAUAAAUUUAGAAAAUCUUUUUAUUGCACAAUAAAUUUCUGAACUGACUAUAUGGCUUUUAUAAUUAAUUUGAUAGAUUAUCGGUACUAUGAGAAUAAAAAUGCUAAGAUUAAUUAAAUUGUUUGAGCACAGUGAAAAUGUGUUGAUCGGCAACCGACUAAAAUAAGAAAAAUUGUAAAAAAUAAAUUUUUUUUGUUAAAUUAAGAAUUUCUUUAUAAUGUGACAUUGUUUGCAACGCCUUAAAGAAGAUGAAAAAAUUUGUUUCCAUCACAGAAAAAUAAUAGCGUGCUUCUUCGAUUAAAUAUGAAGAAAUUUCAGCUUCGACAUGCAAAUAUUCUAUGUUUCCAAAAAAGUGUGUGUUUGACUCAAUUCAAAGAAAAGAUUUAUUUGGUGCGUUUAAAAAAAGUCUUGGUUAAAGGAAAUUUUUUUAUAUCUCUGUUUUCAAUACAGUGUAAUUAGUAAAAACUAUAGGAAUAAGAACUAGAAAGAUUAUUUUUAAGUGAUAAAAAAGAAUUUGGUACUAGAAAGAAACAAUUAUCUCUUAUUUUCACACAGUAUAAAUGUUCAAUAAAUAACCUGGUGGAAUAAAAUAAUAAUUUUGAACAAUUUGGGGUAGCUUAAAAUUAUCCAAAUGCUAAAGAAAGAAACAUUUAUUAAUUAGUUAAAAAUGUCAUAUUAAGAAAAAAUGUUAUAAAAAAAUUUCACAAUUUUUUUUCAAUUAACUUAUGUGAAGCACUAGGUUUUAUCAUUUUUUUCUGAAAGGACAUUUUAAAAUAUAAAAUAGAGAUGUAUACAAAAAGUAGAGAGGACAUGUUAUGGGAAUAGAGUUUUUCAAAAAAAAAAAAAUUUUGUUUGUUCAAAAGCAGGUAAAAAUACUCUUGGAGAAGCUAGUUAAAUGCAUUGAAAUUUAAAAAACUCGAAUUCUUAAGGGUUUUUACAAUAAAAAAGUGUCAAAUCCUGCGUAGAAUCUACUAAUUUAUAAAAAGAUUUGUUGGAUGCCCAAUGAGCAAUUCUCUUUAAGAUUCUCGUACCUUUUGUAAAUAAAAUAAAUUGUGAACAUAGUAUAGUUUUGUAAAACUAGAUUAUUCCAUCGAAUCUCUUUUAUUUAUCUGAAUCUUUAAUCUGUAAUUACUGUAUUUUUUUAUAUUUUCGUGGACAUGAUUAUGUAUUUUAGCCCUCUUUCCUUAUCUGUUAUAAUUAAAUUGAAUUAUCGU